UUAAAGGCGGUGCGCCCGCUCCCGGCCCUAGAAAGCCGCCGGCCUCCUGAGCUGGCGCCCGCCCGCCAGCCACUCCGACCUGACCCAAACAGCUCGGCUGCCGCGGAGCCCCCGUACCCGCGGGGCGGCAGCGGCUGGGCCUGGGACCCCCCUAUGGGUGUCAGUCGGGGACAGCGCGGCGAGGCACUGCCCUAGGCUGCCCGGCGCCGGCCACAGCAUGCCGGCAGCGCUGCGCCUGCUGUGCCUGUGGUGUCUGUGCAGUUUCUGCCGCGGGUACUUUGAGGGGCCGCUGUACCCUGAGAUGUCCAAUGGGACCCUGCAUCACUACUUCGUCCCCGAUGGGGACUACGAGGAGAACGACGACCCCGAGCGGUGCCAGUUGCUGUUCAGGGUGAGCGAGCAGCGGCGGUGCGGCACAGCAGCGGCGGCGGGCAGCGGGCUCAGCCUGCGGGAGGAGCUGACGGUGUUGGGCCGGCAGGUGGAGGACGCGGGUCGGGUGCUGGAGGGCAUCGGCAAGAGCAUCUCCUACGACCUGGACGGUGAGGAGAGCUACAGCACCUACCUGCGCCGAGAAUCCGCUCAGAUCAGCGACGCCUACUCCAGCUCGGACCGGUCGCUGAGCGAGCUGGAGGGCAAGUUCCGUCAGGGCCAGGAGCAGGGGGCUCGGGAGGAGGCUCGCCUGGGCGAUAGUUUCCUAGGGCUGCUGCUGCACGCCCGCGCCCUGCUCCGGGAGACACGACACAUCUCCAGCGGGCUGCGGGACAAGCACGACCUCCUCGCCCUCACCGUCCGCAGCCACGGCGCACGCCUCAGCCGCCUCAAGAACGACUAUCUCCGCGCCUGAGCUAGACCCCGAGCCGGCCUCCAGCUCCCGGACCGGGCUCUGCCUGGCAGAAGCACCGCCGCGACCGGAAAAAAAAACUUAUUUAUUAUGUUUGACUCGCUAAACAAAUCACGCGUUUCUAUAAGCCAGGAGGGUAGAGGUAUGUUUAAGUUAAUAUCCCGUAUUUAAAAAUAUCGCCCUGUGUUAUGUUGUUCAUCUUUGGUUACAAAGCAAAGUGAGCUUUUUUGUCUCCAAUUCCCCGCCGUUGGUUUAUGUAUCCCCUGUUCUACUGCAGCUCACCUGCUGCAAAUGUGAAUAAGGUGAGGUGCUCGCCUGCCGCUCCCAGACUGACGUUAAUGAUGCUUAAAUUGUUUUUGUACUCUCCUUCGGGGUGAAACCUCUGGCUGUCUAUUAAUUUCCUUAAUCUGUUGUAAUGGUAUGUACCCUACACACGUUAAACAUUGUUCUCUUACGUAACUUAAAGCUGUGAUUUCUGUUUGCAUUCUGAAAGAUGGAAACUAUUCUGCCAGGAUUUGUACUCUUCCAGGCUUGCUUAUCUGUGACUUUAAGCUAUCACAACCCCAAAAGCCAGCUAAAAAGGCUGAUGUCAGAUCCUAAAAAUGCUGAUGUAUGUCUUUGUAGUAAGAAGGAGCCUUAGCAGUGAUUGUAGUCUCAAAUCCCAAAUAUGAGAGCCAGGUUUCUUAGAGCAUGUUUCUAAAGCAGACAAAAAGGUUUUGUCUGUACCAGCACAGUGACAUUUCUUGCUGGUGCCUUUGUACGUUUGCUAGCUAAGCUAUUAAUAAAAAUUAUUUCUGUUCUUAGACAAUAGCAAAAGUGCCUAGUGGGUAAGAGGAGAAAGACUGGGUUUUUAGACUCACUGCUAUUUAAUUGUCAAUUUGGGGUAAUAUGGCUACUAGGUUACAGAUACUGCAGGCAGAAUCACUGGGUGAAAAAAAGUUCAUAUGUUGUUUUAAUAAAUAUCUGAAAACCAUGUUAAAAGCCCCGUUUUUUCCUUUUAUUGUUCUGCUUGGGACACUCUUGAUUUAAACCAUGCUGUUGUAAUAUGUCUUUUCAGCAAAAAAUUGUGAGUGUGUAGAUCCUGCCAAAUGAAAUAACUUGCUUUUUAGUGAGAACAAAUAAAAAUGUGUAGACUCAAGAGGUAAGCAAGUUUCAUUAAAAACAGUGUUACAAAAGAACAUGUAGGGCAGAUUUAUUUGAGUUUGUAAGCCUUUUUCAGAAACUUAGCAACCUCAAGGCACUGGAAGAAAAGCUGCAUGAUGCGUGAUUUAGGUCUGAUCUUGUUAACCCUCUUUGCGUUCAGUGAGAGUUUGGUCUGCAAACCAUCCAGUUGGUAAGUUACUCCGCAGUGUACUGGGUCAACAUAAGUCAUAUGGGACCAGAGUGCUGAAGGCACUGGGAAGUGUUUGGUGAAGGUACGUGCUUACAGAACUGCUGGACCAUCCAGACAGCUUGCUUUCACCAGAGGCACGGAGGUAUAGCUCCUAGCAGGAUAUCUUAGGCAUCAGUUUGCACAUUAAGUCCCCGAGUGUCUGUAAAGAUCUACCUGGAAAAAAGAAAAUUAGACAUUUUAUUGACUGUCUUUGGUGUAACUACUCAAUGUUAUGUUCAAGUCUCUUGCCAAAUUAGAAGGUAUAACAGGUUCUAGCUCUCAAAAAAUAACAUUACUUUAAGAUUCUUGCUUUGUCACUAGGGUUAGCUGUAACAACAUGAGGAAAAGGGGCCAACUGAGUCACCAACUCCUGUCUGCCUGCUAUCACAGCAGACCAUACAGGAUUUCUGGGAUGGACCAAGCUCUAGAAGUGCCUGCAGGUUUCACUGGCAUCCAGUCUCAACUUUCUCUCUGAGUCUUUCCUGCUUAGAAGUAGGUGCAAAAAAUGUCAUGCCAUUUUUGCCCAGAUGCUUCUUAAAAUGAGUUUUAGACUCUGCUCACUUUCAGAGACACUGGUUAUAACAUGAAUUGUAAACAUCAGUAAAGAAACUAAAACGUUAGGAGGUGCUAGGGGUUUUAGCCAUGAGAGCAAUAUUCAAAUCCUAAUGGAAAAUUGCAGUAGUAGUGCAAAACAAGACUUUAAGCUUGGCUAGUCUAUUUGCAAUAGCAAAUUUCAGUCAAGCUCAAACUAUCCCAACAUACACAGCAUACCAAAAGAGUAAAUGUUUGCAGAGGGCUUAGUUUCCAAAGCAGGAGAUUACAUGACCCAUGGAGAUAUAUAGUGUAAUUCAUUCUGCUCAAUAUCCCUGUAUUUAAGUUGGUCAUCUAACAAAACAAAACUGUGGUUCUUUAAAAUCCACACUAAUGUUUCAUACAUAAUUUUUCAAAAUAUUCAUGUUUUGAUAAAUAUCUCUGUUGAUUUAAGUUACAGCAAAAUAUAAACAUGUUUAUCUUUGGAAUUGAAACAAAAUCCUGCUCUGUAAUGGCUAUAAGAGGCUUUAAAUGUUCUCUCUUAAAAGAAUAUGCAUACAUCUGAGCAUAGUCUAUGUGUAAGUUCACCUGGGCAGUAAAAAAGGACCAUCUUGUGUAAAUUUGAAAGCCAAUACAAAACUCUUUUAGGACAUUUAAAUCUAUCAGAAUUGGAUUUGCACCAUUUUGGCUGGCCAAAGCAAACAAAAGCAUUAAAUGUAUUGAUGUUAAGUUAAAUGGCUUUUAUAAAUCUGCAAGAACUGGCUGUUUAGUGAUAUCCAUCCGUUUAAAGUUUGAAAUCCAAAAUGGUUCUUUAAAAACUACAUUGCAAUCCUCUCUGCAAUCUUGUAAUUUUUUGCUUUUACUUUUUUAGCUGAUAAAACUUAUUUAAUUAGAAAAGAUGAAGAACCUCUAGUUUUAUACAGCCUAUUUCAAACAGUAAAGGCUUUCUUAUCGUCAAAAACUCAGUAAGGUUUUUUAACCAGAGAGCUUUAAAAGGGUGAAUGUAGCAGCUAUUCUGACCCAAUAGCUCCUCCUGUUGUAUUUAAAUAUUGCAUCAAAGUUAAAACUAAGAUUCAGCUGACAUGGUCUUUUUUUCCUUUUUGGGGUGUUCUGGAGAUUUUCAAAAUACACGUCUGAAUUUAUUAAAGAGUUGAUGAUACUGAAGAGGAGAUGACAGUGUUUCCUAGAAAACAAAAAACCAUGAAUAAGUAAUGCAGCUGGAAGAGUCAGAGAAAGCUUACUUAAUACUUGAGUUUUCUUUGUGACUCAGCCUGCAAUUUAAUUCAUCAAGAGUCAAAGCAAGGCAUUAAGAGACACAUCUCCACUCCUCUCCAGGUAGCUUAUUUUGAAGGCAGUGCUCUGCUGUGGACAUUCUCACAUCUGCUGAUACACACAUGGAGACGAAGAGGCUUUGAGUAUGAAUCCAGAGCAAAUAAAAACUUUGGAAAGGAAAGGCAGUGAAAAGUCAAGGGCUAGGAAUUCAUGAUGGUGAUGGUAAAUUGUGGCAUUCUAAACUGCACCUUCCAAAGUGUCUCAAGUUGCCCUAACCAGAACCACACCAAGAAACAGAGAAGUCAAGGGAAUCUUUCAAAAACAUGGUAAGCCUUCCAAAAACCCUGUGUGCCUCAAGCUGGGUGUAUGAAUUAUCUGAAGUUGUUGCUCUUGUAAGUUGUCAUGUGCUCACAUGCAGGUUGCCAAGAGGUAUACCUCAGAAGCAAGAAAUACACUUUCCUUAUUCAAUAGAAACACCCUGAUGAACUACAGAGAAAGCAUCAGCUUUCUCUGGUUAUAAUUAUUCUGGUUAUAAUCUUAUCUAGAAAAUGUGAAUUUGGGGAGGAAAUUUUAUGGGGUGCGUCUGUUGCUGCUGGUGCAGCUGUUUAUUUAGAUGCGCUUCAUGUUACUUUACCAGCUUCUUGCUCAUGUAUCACUUUUGUAAUUGGUAAAGAAGUUUUCCGCUAACACUGAAUUGUUGUUGAGUCAAAUGUAUUUGAUGGCCAUUAUUCCUGAAGUAAACGUGUACAUUCCA